AUGGCUCUGUAUUUACUUAGCGUCCUUCAAGCUUCUACUUCUCCGGCUCCGGUCCAGACAGCCGUGUACAACAACCGGUGGGCACAUGACCUUGCUGGUUUCCAGUCUCCAACGAUCCACAAGCUUCCACAAAAAGUUUUGGAAUCUGCCCGACGGAGAGUAUCGCAUCAGAAAUCCAACAAGUCGCCGAUGACUACAGAAAUUCUCCUUAAGUCCUUCCAGAGCCUGGAUGGCUUCUUGGUUGAUACGAGGUUUAUGGACAUGGCACUCCUUGCUUAUGCAGGCUUCUUGAGGCUUGAUACGCUUUCAAACCUAAGACUCAAGGAUGUAACUCCAGAUCCAGCAUACUUUGAGCUAUUUAUUGAAAGCAGCAAGACCGAUCAGUAUGUGAGGGUGUCGUUGUACCAUGUUGUCAAAACCGGUGCCGAUCUUUGUCGUUGGGCUAACCUGGUCAAUUACUCGUCCAAACCCAAGCUCGUUCUCCCUAUAUACAAACGAAAUCCGGAACCCAUUUUGUCCGCGUCGGUUCCAAGAUUUCAUGCACCACAUGUCGUGAAGUUUAAUGAAAACAUUUAGUUGA